ACACACCACUUAUGCAAAUUCAUAAAAAAGCGUUACACAUAACACAGCGAGGCAGCCAUGAUUUGGCUUCGUGGCUUCAUUCUGAUAGUCGCACGACUUUUGCCUAACUUCAUAUAGCUUGGAAAUAAAAUGGAGAGAGGCAGCCGGGACAGAGUGCAACAUGCAGAAGUAGGUCUCGCGUGGCGGCUGGUAGACGUAGACGACAAGACGACGGCGGUGCUCGGCGUAGGCUCACACAAAUACAUCUCUGGAGCUGUACCGUUGUGCUGCUGCUAUCCUUGUUAUUUUCUUUUCCGUUUUGAAAAACCUUUUCCGUUUAAUCAGCAAUCAUGAGAAACUUCUGGCUGCUGUUACUUCUUGUCCUACCGGCAAUUAUCUUAACAACCUGUCGAGUAAAUGGACUGGUAGCAUUUGCUCAAGAAGAUGAUAAUGAUGACAUUGUUGAUGUUGAGGGAGAAGAAGCUGGUGUAAUUGCAGAAGAAGAACCUGAAGAAGAAGCAACAGUUACAGCUUCAAAAGAUGUAGAUACAACAAUUCUGUUUACAGAACCAAUCCAUAAUCCGUUAUCUACUCUUGAAUUGCCUGCUGGAAAGCUUGUUGAAUUUUUGAUUGGCUUCACUAACAAGGGUGACAUUGACUUUAUCAUUGAAACUGUCAACACCUCAUUCCGUUACCCAAUGGACUACAACUUCUAUAUCCAGAACUUCUCAACAAUUGCUUACAACAAGGUUGUUAAGCCCAACCAGGAAGCCACAUUAUCUUACUCAUUUAUUCCAUCUGAAACUUUUGUUGGUAGGCCAUUUGGACUCAAUGUUAAUUUGAACUAUAGAGAUGCUAAUGGGCUGUCUUUCUAUGAGGCUGUAUUCAAUGAAACUGUACAAAUCAUUGAAGUUGAUGAGGGACUUGAUGGAGAAACUGUCUUUUUAUAUAUAUUCUUGGCUGCUUGUGUAGUUCUUACUCUUGUUGGAGGACAACAGCUUUUGUCUUCCUUUGGAAGGAAAACUCGUUCUUCCUCGCGCAAAGUAGCUGUUGAAGUUGGUACCAGCAACCCUAAUAAUGUUGAUUAUGACUGGAUUUCAAAAGAAGCAUGGAAUAUGCACAAUAAGUCACCAAAAACUCCAAAACAAAGUCCAAGGCAAAGGAAAGCCAAAAGAACAGUUGGAUCAGAUGACUGAAUUUACUAAUUUAUUAAUGUGGUUAAUUUAAUGAAAAGAGGACACGAAUAAUAGGACGUACAAGUUUUUUUAUAAAGAAAAGUUUUUACUAAAGCACAACAUGAAAUCAUUGUCAUUUACAUGAGUGUGUCGCUGUGUUUUUUUUAAAUCAGUGUGCAACACCACGUUAUUUGUGAACAAACUUAUCAUCUAGAUAAUAAAAAAGUUUACUAUUGAAUAUGGAGUACUACGUUUAUAGAGUUACUAAUAAACAAUCUUUUUUUGUGAAUACUCUUAAAUAAUUAUUGCCAUUGUGAUAACUAUUACACAAUAAGAUUUUUGAGGAGUGUCAUCUAAACUUUGUGCUAAUAAUAGAGAUGAGGGAUGCUUCAAGAUAAACGAAAAAGUUUUUAAAAAAUUGCCUUACACAUUUAAACACAUUCCAUUCGAAAUUGAUUGAAAAACAUAAGACAUGUAUUACCUUUAGUUAAUGUUCAUUUAUCUAUUUAAUGAAAUUUAAUGUGUGUAAAUACUUUGUGUGUUGUAUAACUUUGAUAAUAUUUUGUUGGAUUAAAAUAUUGAAAAUAUUUGUAACGGACAUUUAUUCUUUCAUAAAUAAAGU